AUGGCCGCCUCGGAGGAUGUGUAUUGCACGCUCGUCUUGACCGAUGCAUACCUACCGGGCGCCGCCGUUCUAGCACAUUCCCUACGCGAUGGCGGAACAACGAAAAAGCUGGCCUGCUUGGUCCUCCAAGACAGCCUUCAGCUCGAGACGAUCCAGGAACUCCAAGCGCUAUACAACUAUGUCAUUCCUGUCGACCGCAUCGGCAACCCGAACCCUGCGAAUCUCUACCUCAUGAACCGACCCGAUCUGCUUUACACAUUCACAAAGCUCCACCUAUGGCGAUUGACGCAGUUCCGCAAGAUCGUCUACAUCGACGCAGAUGUCGUGGCGUUGAGAGCGCCGGAAGAGCUAUUCGAUAUCACCGAGUCCUUCGCUGCUGCGCCGGAUGUGGGUUGGCCGGAUGCCUUCAACACUGGAGUUAUGGUGAUCACGCCGCAUGAGGGGGACUACAACGCUAUGCGCGGGAUGGCCAACGCCGGGGACAGUUUCGACGGCGGUGAUCAAGGCUUGAUCAAUCAAUACUACGAGAACCGUGGGUGGAAGCGUAUCAGCUUCACCUACAACACCACACCCAGUGCGAACUACCAAUACGAGCCGGCAUAUCGAUACUACAAGCGGGAUAUCAGCAUGGUGCAUUUCAUUGGGAGUCAGAAGCCGUGGCAGAGAGGGCGACAAGAGCAAGGAGCACCAACGGCUUUCCAGGAACUGCUCAGCCGAUGGUGGGCGGUGUACGAUCGCCAUUUCACACUCUCGACAAAGGACUAUAUUGCCGUUCAGACGACUCGAUCUGCGCCUUCGCCUCCACAGCUAUCCCAGUACGAGCCGCAGGAUCAUGCACAGCAUCCGCAUGGUACUGCAACCCCGCUUAUGACAGAACCGGGCGAGCGUGCGGAGAACAUCUUGCAUGGACAUGUCGAGCCAACGCCUACAGCCGAGCAGCGGAGAUUCUCUGCCCCUCAUAUGGAAUGGGAUGCCACCCGUGGAGCACCUCCCAUGGAAUCCAGACCCGAGGCUGCCAACUUUCCCUCUCAAACAUACGAGUUCAAUUCCGACCCGGCUCCCUUCCGACCUCCUCGAUCAUACCCCGAACCACCUCGAGAUAUGUGGUACGAAGUUCCUGCUCGCUGCCCGCAGGAACCACAACUCAAACCUCUUUUCCCUUGGGAGGAAAGAGAAGUACCAAAACCAAAACGUCGAUUUCUCGAGGAAGAACAAGCCGCGCCACCUGAGCCCGAGCCGGAGCAUGAAUCCUUCCUUGAUGAGUUAUCAGUUACUGACGAUAGAACCGUGCCUGAAGCACCCGCAAUUCAGCUCAAUGAUGAAAGUCCGUGGGUUGCCUUUGGUCAAGCGAAGAAUGCUUGGGAUGAAGUCAAUGGCAUUAAUGACUACGUUCGAGCGCUGACUGCGUUCCAAAAGAACCGCGGCAAGGUGCAAGUUGUCCAGCCGCAAAGUCCAGAUACCGUGAUGAAAGUCCCGGAUCUUAUUGAAGCGGUGCGGGAGAGAAGGGAGAGCCUAAUUUUGACUGACUUCCCUACGUCGGUCGAGAGGCCUUCAUUACCUGUCACACCGGCACCGAGAAGGAGGUCGACGUUCUGGGGGAAUGAGCAUAAUGCGGAGGAAGAUCUUCCUGGCGCAGACGGAGUGCCUGAUCAGGCGGAUUGGGUAUGUCAGACUCGGUUGCUUUACUGA